UCCCUCCUUUUCUCUCCCCCCCCCUCUCCUUCUCCCGCCCGCAAGCUGGACUACCUUAAACCCAACCCAAUGCCUCUUCCUGCGCCACUUUCCCCUGCGAGCUUGGAUGGAAAAGACACAGCCGAGGGGGAGAAGAAAGAGAGCGAGGGAGAGCGGGCGAGAGAGCGAGAAGGCGCCGCACCAGCCGCGGCCCCAGCAGAGGCAGCCUUGCGGAGAGCUUGCCUACACCUGUUCCGCCGCACGGGCGCCCAGCGGGGAAGACCGGCAGCUCUCGGGAGGAGGAAGGAGGAGGAGGAGGAGGAGGAGGAGGGCUGCCUUGCUUCGCGUGGAACAGGAGGAGGAGGAGGAGGAGGAGGAGGAUCCACGCCAGGCUGAAGCGCCGAGCCGCCUCCUCAGGAUCCUGGAUCAUAGAGCCGGACGUCAAAAGUUCUUUCUUGAUAAAUAAGCAGUGAAGCAACCAAACGGCCCCUUUUCUGGAUUUUUGGGUCCUUUGGGAGAGGGAGAGACCCCCCCUCUCGCCCCCUCCUCCUUCUCCUCUUCCUCCUCUCCUUCUGGGCAGAGAGUCCAAACAGCGCAUGCCUGGCUGGGGCUCGGACCCGUGAAGCCCCGAGGGCGGCCGGUUGGCCUCUGCGCCUCUUCCCAGGCUUCUCUCCCUCCCUUGCACCUCCUCCCGGCCCCUGAUCCAUGCGCCCCCCUUCUCCUCCUCCUCCUCGGCCUCAGGGCUCCGAAGUUGCGAUGCGGAGCCCCACGGAGAAACUCGGGACCCCCCUGCUCCUCCUCAUGACGGCCGGAUGGGCGGAAGAGCUGACCGCUUGCUAAAAGGGAGCCCUGCCAGGGGAACAAACGAGCCGGAUCUCUCUCCGCUGGCUCUGGGCGCGAGGAGGAUGAGCCCACGCGCGUCCCCCGCGGCGGAGGGCGCUUCCUAAGGGGUUGACCUUGAACCCCAGACCCAGCCAGGAAAAGAGAGCAGGAGGCCUCGGAGGACCCCGCCUUGAGCCUCAUUGAUGGAUUAAAGGAAGAAGUCACCUUUCGGCGUGGAAGUGGGAGGGGAGAGUGGCGGCGCAGCAACCUGCUUUGCCUCCUCUCCUCGCGUGAAAGGGAAACGGGGGAGAACGGCGAGUCCUGGCUCUUGGGCACAGACGUGACGGUUUUGCUGCAAGCGAGGGACCUCCCCCCUCCCUCCCUUCUUCCUUCCUUCCCUUUUCCUUCCUUCCUCCCUCCUUCCUCCUCCCCCUCCUCAUGGCUCCCUUAGGAGAAGUUGGCAACUAUUUCGGGGUCCCGGAUGCGGCAGCGGCGGCGGCGGCGGGGGCGCCCUUCGGGAACAUGCCGGUCCUGCCGGCGGACAGCCCGGUCCUGCUGAGCGACCACUUGGGCCAGGCCGAGGGGCUGCCUCGUGGGCCGGCCGUGACGGACCUGGACCACUUAAAGGGCAUCCUGAGGCGCAGGCAGCUCUACUGCAGGACUGGCUUCCAUUUAGAGAUUUUCCCCAAUGGGACCAUCCAAGGCACCAGGCAAGACCAUAGCCGAUUUGGUAUCCUGGAAUUUAUCAGUAUAGCAGUGGGCCUGGUCAGCAUUCGAGGGGUAGACAGUGGACUUUAUCUUGGAAUGAAUGAGAAAGGGGAACUUUAUGGCUCGGAAAAAUUAACCCAGGAGUGUGUGUUCAGAGAACAGUUUGAAGAGAACUGGUAUAACACAUAUUCAUCGAACCUAUAUAAGCACGUGGACACUGGAAGACGAUAUUAUGUUGCAUUAAACAAAGAUGGGACUCCACGAGAAGGGACUAGGACUAAGCGGCAUCACAAAUUCACGCAUUUUUUACCUAGACCAGUGGACCCAGAGAAAGUCCCUGAACUAUAUAAGGAUAUUUUAAGCCAAAGUUGACAAAGACAUUUUCUUCCCUUGAGCCCUUAAAACAAAGUAACCACUAUAAAGGUUUCAUGCGGUGGGUUCUUAAUUGAUUAGCUGUGUCAUCACAUCAGCUCCACUGUUGCCAAACUUUGUCGCAUGCAUAAUAUAUGAUGGAGGCUUGGAUGGAACAUGCUGAUUUUGUUCUGCACUUAAAGGGUUUGUCUUCCUGGAGGAGAGCCUACGCCCAUCGCUUGAUUUAUUAAGAGAGAAAGGAAAGAAGCGUGAGAAUGUGUGAGAGUGAAAGAGAAAGAGGAUGAACGAAGCUGGAGCAAGAAGGAAGGGGGGAAAAAGGCCUGAUGCAUGCUGGGAAACAGACACGCUUUUAAAUUUUUUGAUCUGUUGUACUUCAUUCUAUAUCAGCAUAGCUGCCAUACUUUGACUCAUCAGGAAUUUUGGCUGGUGGCCUGCGCAAGUGUACGCUGCAUUUAAAAAAAAGGCAUGGAGGGUUCUGUCUUACUUAAACAAAAGGAUACAAAAGCAAAAGAGACUUAUUUUCCGUUUGAUGGCUCAAGUGGGAGUCACCCCUUGUUGAGUUUCAAGCAAACACCUCUUAGGUAAAACAGGAGAAGAUGGGGGAAAAAUAAAAAUAAAAAAUUAAUAAAAAGCUAAAUUUAUUUAUAGAAAUUCCAAAGGCAACAUUUUAUUUAUUUUAUAUAUUUAUUUAUUAUAUAGAGUUUAUUUUUAAUGAAAUAUGUACAGGCCAGAUAGGCAGUUUGGAAGCUUUAGGCUCUGUAAAGCAUUUCAACAGCGAAAGCCGCUAUGAACCUGUGAUAAAAUUCAUGCAAGUCAAACGUAAAGGCGCAUGGAGGCAAAGAAACCUAGGGAUCCUAAUGUACUAAAGGUGACAAUCUCUUUUGUGCCCAUAUUAUUGUAAAAGUAUGCACACCACUCAUGUCACUGGGUGCUCACUCUUCUGACUGCUUGUUUCAUAGCUUAAACUUUCCCCUCUUCUUCCCCUUCUUUCCUUGAGGAUUAAAGAUAAAAUUGGGUCUUCAAAACUUUAAUUCUGCGUCUGUAAUAUUUCCUCUUUGAUAAAUGACUUAUUCCAUCUUUGUAAGCUUCACAGCCAUGGAAGAAAGAAAAAGAAGGGUUGGUAUAUAUAUUCUACUCAUUAAAACCUACUGCAGAUAAUACCAAAGCUAAGUGAUAAAUAUGCUCUUUUUAUUUUAGCAGAAUGCCAGAAACAUCCUAAUAUUGACAUUUUGUGCUAAUUAAGGUUCUCACAACUACUAGUCCAAGAAGCCAGGGAUGAGGUUCCCUCUUGUAAAAAAUAUGUUUAAUUGUGCACUUGACUAUCUACUCUGAGAUUACACAAGUUCCAUAGGGGGUAUUAUUGUAACAUCUUUUAUGGGAAAAUUGCUUUCACUGUGAACUAUCAUAAUACUUAUUAGCACCCUUCUUAAAGUAAGACUCUUGCAAAAUAAAACCAAUAAAUCUCUAUUGAGAAUUGCAAUGAG